GCAUUCCCAGCAGACUGUCUCCUUCAGUAGACCGACGUGAAAAUAUAGACAAGGAUAAAGUUAGGAAGUUACAAACAAGAAAGAAAGAAAGAAAAAAGAGUGUGUUAACCUGCGCCAGGCGAGUUUUUAAACCGAUUUGUGACAGAAGUGACACACUGAAGGAGGCAGAGACGCACAAAGAGAAACUGACUGGAAAAUAUACGGAUGCAAACAUCAUCCUGACAUUUUAUGAGAAGUCGGAGCGGUUUAUUAAAUAUUAAUCAUCAAGCAACUUGGAGAACCUGCAAUCAUGAAGAAAUCUUCAUAUCCAGCACGAUCAGCCAGCGGCCGAAUGAGGAGAACAGAGAGGGAGGGAUCUGGCAUCACCAGUCCCACACUGAAACGGUCGUUUGAGGUGGAGGAAACAGAAACAUCCACAAACCCAUCACCCCUGUCCCGCCGUACCACCAGCUCCCUCCGCUCAUCCACAUCUUCCACAUCCAGCCAGCGGAGCUACGACCUGAGCUCCCGCACCUCAGACUACUCCUCUUCCAGAACCUCUGGCUCAGAGUCCUCCAGUCUACGUUCCCCAAAGACCGGCAUGAGUCGCAUUGAGUUAUCAGCUGGUCGUAACCCUGACACAGCCUCCUCCCGCCGCACAGAAAUGUCCAUUGAGGUUUCCUCCAAGCAGAUUGACAACUCACCCAGUGCUGGUAUCGCCCGCUUUGGCCUGAAGCGACCAGAGGUCAGCCUGAGCAACCGGAGUAACCCGUUGGAUAGCUCCUCCAACUCCAUUUCCAGCACCACAAACAGGCGGGCAGAGCUCAGCAUGACACGGUCACAGGAGCCCCCUGCUCCUCCCAGGAGGAUGGACCCCCAGCUGUCCUCUGCCCCAACCUCUAGGAUCCCUGAGCCUCCUCAAAGAAGAGCAGAACCCACGUCCCUUAACAUCAGCCCAGUUGAGGGUCUCUUCAGGAGGCCAGAGAUGCCUGUAUUCAGACAGCCAGACAGUUUGGUAUCCGGCAAUGUGGUGGAGAACAGCAACCACCCACCACCUGCACCCACUGCCCCCCUGCCUUCCCUUGCAGAGCCACGGGUGGAAAGGGUGAAUUUGCCGAUCACAGAUCCACCCACAACUCGGCCAACAGAAAGACCAGAAGUGAUUUCCAGCUACAGCAGCAGUGCCAUGUCUGAGGCAGUGGUGCCUGAUGCUAUGGUGUCCCCAGCAAUGGGCAGUCUGUACGGGGAGAAGACCUCUGCUCCCGUGGUAGACUUCAGCUAUGUGGGCAUUGACGCCAUUCUGGAGCAGAUGAGGAGGAAGGCCAUGAAGCAGGGUUUUGAGCUUAACAUUAUGGUAGUGGGACAGAGUGGCCUGGGAAAAUCUACUCUGAUGAACACUCUGUUCAAGUCUAAAGUCAGCCGGAAGUCAGUGCUGGCCACAGCCCAGGAGAAGAUCCCCAAAACAAUUGAAAUCAAGUCUAUCAGUCAUGACAUUGAGGAGAAGGGAGUGAGAAUGAAGCUGACAGUCAUUGACACGCCAGGCUUUGGGGACCAGAUCAACAAUGAGAACUGCUGGCAGCCCAUCAUGAAGUUCAUUAACGAUCAAUAUGAAGCGUACCUGCAGGAAGAGAUCAACAUCAACCGAAAGAAAAGGAUCCCCGACUCCAGAGUCCACUGCUGCAUAUACUUCAUCCCCCCGACCGGACACUGCCUUCGGCCUCUUGAUGUAGAAUUCAUGAGACGUCUCAGUAAAGUGGUCAACAUUGUCCCGGUCAUUGCCAAGGCAGAUACUCUCACGCUGGAAGAGAGGGACUUCUUCAAAAAGAAGAUCAGGGAAGAGCUGCGAGCCAAUGGGAUUGAUGUGUACCCCCAAAAGGAAUUCGAUGAGGAUGCAGAAGACAGAAUGAUUAACGAAAAGAUCAGGGAGAUGAUCCCGUUUGCUGUUGUGGGCAGCGAUCAGGAGUACCAGGUUAAUGGCAGGAGGCUGUUAGGGAGAAAGACAAAGUGGGGAACUAUUGAAGUUGAGAACAUCGCCCACUGCGAGUUUGCCUAUUUAAGGGAUCUCCUCAUCAGGACCCACAUGCAAAACAUUAAGGACAUCACCAGCAGCAUCCACUAUGAAAUGUAUCGCGUGAGGCGCCUAAAUGAGAAUAACACGGCAGUGGCUCACGCCAAUGGUAUCCCAGAACAUCAUCUGGCCGCCCACGAGAUGUAGACACCGCCCGCUCCAUCUGCAGCGUAAUGCAUUAGCUAUGAGACUUUGAUCUUCUACGACAGUCUUCCCGUCAUUACAGCCCCCCAUCUCACAGGUGGGAUAGAUUUUUUCAAAGCCUGCCCGGGAGACUUUAUUUUCAGUGACUUUCCCUUUCAGCUGAAAGGACAUUGAUGUCAGUUUAUUGCCUCUUUAACAAACCUUAUCUGCUCAUUAUGCUCUACUUAAAGACAGUGAAGAGAAGAUUCGGUCUUCAUAAUGUGCUGCAGCUUGAUUUUUUUUUUUUUUUUUUACCUGCUUACACAUCUCACAGUUAUUGUUUGUGAUGCCAAAAUGUCUUUCUACCAAACCAAAUUAAACUCAGUGUUCCUCAGUGGAAGAUUUACUUUUAACAGGUAACAUUUAAUCUCAUCCACUUAGUUUUGCCAUUCUUUUUGUUUUGGGUUUUUUUCCCGGCAGUUCUUGUAGGAAUUUGUGCCUCGAGAAACAGUAUUUUACUUUUAUGCACACACUUUUAUCAAUAUGUAUGAAAGUAUUCAUGUUUUACUGGACACACUACAUCAUCUGUCAUUGAUGAAGUAUGUUGGAAGAAGGCUGGGCAGCAUUUUCCCAACAUGUAACGCAUGCAGCAUCAUUCAGUGGUCUCUCCACAACUAAAGGUUACCAAAUAGCACAUUGUAUGUUUUUGUCUCAACCUGUGUUUUGCUUUAAAUGUUAUAUGUUCAUGUUGAAUAUAGACGUCAGGUCCUUGACAUCUUUUUAAAUUUCAAGUUAUAAAUGUCCUUGUUUAUUAAUAGAAAUAUCUUAAGAGUGAUUUAAGAUGAAAAAGUAUUUAUGCACGUUAUAAAAUGUGAAUGUUUUUCAUCAGUUGUUGUUCACUUAGAUAAUAAACACUCUUGCACACACACAAAAACAAACACUAAUAUUUUUCCUGCUUCUAGGCCCACCGUAGUGCCUUAUUUAUUGGAUGUUUUGUUAGCUUGUUGGCUGAAACUGGAAAGAGAGCAGGUUUGUUGGUUCCAACCAGAACACAUUUAGACAUUUUUCAGUCCUGUUGUCAUUUAUCUGGAAAAAUGUAGUCGUUCAUUGACCAGGAUGGUUUUUUUUUUAUCUAUUUUCCAUAAUGUACCAAAAAUCUUUCUCUUUCAACCAUAUAUAAUUCCCUAUGCUGUCACUGUCAUGUCUUGUAUAUUCUACUGUGUUCUGAUACAUUUUUGUACUUGUAUUAUUGAUAACAAAAUUUCCUUUUCUUAUUUUAAAGAAAUAAAGAUUGAAGUUGUAAAUA